CCAAGAAGCAACGCCAUAGUUUGGUUUUAUUCAGAAUGUCUUGUGAGAAACACUACACUUGUCCCCUUUGUCCCAACUCGGAUUCAAACGAUUUCCUCCGCCAAAAUGCCAAUAACGCGAAGCUCCUUCAAGCGAGAAACCCCUUCUGAGACAAACCCAGCUUUAUUUUCAGGUUCUGAAGGCUCAGGUGGAAGCUCCGUUCCUGAACUUCGUGUUUUCGUCCGGAAAAAGAGAGUGAAAAAGACUGUUGAAGUUAUAGCCAAAGAGGUCAAGGAAGAAUCUUCUGCCCAAAAAUUUGUUAAACUGCCUGAUAUAGAGGAUUUUUCCUAUUCCAAGGACGAUAUGUGUUCCCAGUCAACACCUGCCAAAACUUUGCAUUUGACUGGAGAAAAAUCUCUAUCCCAGUUGACACGAAAAGAAAUCAAAAGCAUCAGUCUAUCUGAUUCAGUGCGACCACCUCCGAACUGGGAAAAAAUUCUUGAAGGAAUCCGCAAGAUGAGGUCCUCUGAGGAUGCACCUGUAGACUCCAUGGGUUGUGAGAAAGCUGGGAGUUCUCUUCCUGUCAAGGAAAGAAGAUUUGCUGUCCUAGUAUCAUCACUCUUGUCUAGCCAGACCAAAGAUCAAGUUAAUCAUGGAGCUAUCCAGCGUCUCCAGCAAAAUAGCUUGCUUGCUCCAGAUGCCAUUGACACAACAAAUGAAGAAACCAUCAAAAGUUUGAUAUAUCCGGUGGGGUUUUACACGAGAAAGGCUAGCAACCUGAAAAAAAUUGCAAAAAUUUGUCUUUCAAAGUAUGACGGGGACAUUCCUAGUUCUCUGGAGGAAUUGCUUCUACUCCCAGGAAUUGGUCCCAAGAUGGCUCAUCUAGUUAUGAAUGUUGCAUGGGACAACGUUCAAGGGAUAUGUGUAGAUACUCAUGUGCAUCGUAUUUGUAAUCGGCUUGGAUGGGUAUCACGUCCUGGAACAAAGCAGAAAACUAGAACCCCUGAGGAGACUAGGGAGUCCUUGCAGCUUUGGCUUCCGAAGGAAGAAUGGGUGCCAAUCAAUCCUCUCUUGGUAGGAUUUGGACAGACCAUAUGUACUCCUUUAAGACCACGUUGUGCAAUCUGUGCGGUAAGUGAUCUCUGCCCAUCUGCAUUCAAAGAGGUGUCAAGCCCAUCUUCCACUCCCAAAAAGUGACAUGAUGGAAUCUCAACAAGUUUAGCAGUGAGGAUAGAGUUUUUUGAGUCAUUUCUCCCAUAACAUUUUCAUUUUGGAUUUAACUAUAGAAAAUCCUUGUGCUCUUAGCUCAUAUUUUAUGUCUGCCAUAUAAACGUCUAUGCUUUUUUCUUUCUUCUUGGUGGACUGGGAAGGAAAGUUAUUGGUUUGUUUGGUGGGAGAAUGUGAAGAAGUUGACAAACUGGCAAAGUGCGUAUUGUAGCAUUUAGAUCCAUUUCUGUACAGUUCAGUUCAGUAUCCUACACUCUAUGACGGGUGUAAGAACAUAUCCUCAUUUGAGAUCAAAGGGAAAGUUAUUCCAAGAUAUCAAUAUUUCGGAUUGAUACUA